GCUUCUACACGCGCAUGAAGCCUUCGCUACUGCGUCAGAAAGCUAUCUUACUUUCAACACCCGCAUAAACGCUGCGAGCACACGAUAACCUGCUGCGCCCCAACGUGCACCUCAGAACAAAACGUUCACCGCACCUCAGAACAAAACGUUCACCGCCAACCACUUACCCUUCGCCACGCGAGAGUUAACCUACGCACCCCUCCCUGGCCAUGACGACGACGACGACGACCUUGCCAUGGCAUCCCCUUUUCCAUUCAAAAUUCCAUCCCUCUUCUUCUUCUACCCUAACGACGCUUUUCUCCACCACACAUCUUCCGGGCCAGUCCUUCCCAGCCCGCCACGUGGCGGCCAUCCAGGCCUUCCGCCGGAGCGACUUCGACGGGUUCGCGAAGCGGGUGGCGUCGGGAGAGGCUCUGAAGGACGCGUGGCGGAGCGCCAACGAGGGUUUCGAGCAGCUCGUCUUCGAUGCCAAGCGUGCCGCCGAGCGGUUCGAUCGCCAGUACUCCGUCUCCCGCAAGCUCGAAUCCGUGGCCCGCUCAGCUGCGGACCGCGCCCGUGAGAUUGAUCGGGAGUUCGGGAUCGGACAGCGGUGGCGCACUUUCACCAUCGAUUUCAGCAGGAACUUGCCUGUGUACAGGAGACAGCUGAGUGGUUUUCUGGAAUCUCCAAUCGGGAAGAGCUCUGCUACUAUCUUCUUCCUCUGGUUUGCGUUGUCCGGAUGGUUGUUUAGGAUCUUGAUUUUAGCAACGUGGGUACUGCCAUUUAGCCCCCUCCUCAUAGGGACAGUUGCAAAUAACUUUGUGAUUGAGGGAGCCUGCCCAGCUUGCAAGAGGCGGUUCAUGGGCUACAAGAACCAAGUUAUCCGUUGCACUAAUUGCAGAAACAUUGUAUGGCAACCUGGAGAUAACUUCUCAAGGGGCACACGUCCCUCUUCAACUUCGGAUCCUGACAUUAUUGAUAUAGAGAUUGAGGAGAAAUGAUCUAGUUUGCUGCUUGAUGUGUGGUCCGAAAAUAGAUGUUGGAAGGUUAGAAGAGGAUGCAAGAUCCCCCUGCUUGUUGUUUGUAGCUUGUGGUUUUAGCAGUCACCAUUGGUUUGCUUCUUUUGUACAAUAAUAAUAAUAUAGAUGUAGAAUUAAAAUAACCGUCUUCUCUGUAUAUCUUCAUCAACCCAAGAAAAGGAAAUACAUGCAUACCGAUAAAGAGGAGACUUCUUAGCCCCCUUUGUUACUUCA